CGCAAUAAUCAACCUCGUUGUCGGAUUCCCGAGAGAGCUUUGCAUUGACGAGCAUACGCGUUCAGGGGUUGACAUUCAUGAAAAAGCGCUCAGUCACAUCGAUCACCCACACACCGGAAAGAGCCUACUCGGGCUAGGCAUGGAGGUCAAAUCACCCGAGGGAAGUCGAGUCGAAGCCGAGAUACAAGCAGGGGUAUGAAUGGCGGGCUUGGUGUCCUGGAGCUCCGCCAGUCGAAGCGGGACAUCUGCACGGAUGAGCAAUAACCUCAAGGUACCUCCAGUGACAAUUGGCUGUGUCGUUAUGGGAGAGAGAUGGGACCUUUAUAUUGCACAUGGGCUUACAGAUCCCUCGUCCCAGUUAGCCGAAGUGCGCGUCUGGGGCCCGUUCUAUCGCAUGCAACCGGCAAUUAGGAGGAUACGACUGCCUUGGCCACUCAGCCGAGGGGAGUCAUGCCUAACAUCCGAGGUUCAUGUAUCGACCAGCUGUUACACACAAUCACAGGGACAAGUUGGCGGCUAUGUCACUCGGUUGACACUUGAAGAUUCAAUCGAUGACCAUGUUUACCAUGAAAAAGCCCAAUGCUGGUUACCGAACGUUGAACUGGUGGAACGGCCGAAAGCAGAACAAGCUCGUCUAAGUAGGACUGGCAUGCAAUGAAUAAAGCGCCCUGCAUCAAGCCAACGUUACCCGUGUUCUCUCGGUAUUCAUCCAUGACCCCCUCAAAUCAAGCAUUUCGCUUCCGCAGGCGCUCUGCGAUUGCUC